CUUAGUUCUGUUCUGUUCGAUGUGCAAAAAAAAGAAAAAAAAUACAAUUGUGUGCGUUGCGUGUGAAUCAUAAAUAAAUACACACAUCAUAAGCGUUUAGUACACGUCUCAAUUAACUUGAAAGCAUGGCGCGCAAUGCUGGUGGCCACAACAAUGCACAACCGGCGCCAUCAAAUGCAGCCGCUGCAGCAGCGGCGGCGGCAGCGGCGUCGGCAGCAGCAAAGCAUAAGCGCAGCAGUAGCACCAAUCGCAGCAGUUUUAAUUUUAAUUUAAGCUCCAAGUUAAUUCUGGACAAGUGGAAGACGUUAAUCGGUUGUGUGUGCUUGGCAAUUGCCAGUUAUUUUGGCUAUCUGGGCUAUCUGGAGACGCGUGUAAAUACACCGUUUGAUAAUCAGAAAAUGGUGUUGCGCACUGGACUGGAUGAACCCGAUCGUUACUGGGGCAGCUAUAGACCGCAAACCUACUUCGGUUUGAAGACACGCGAUGCACACUCGCCGGUCAUGGGCCUAAUGUGGUAUGCACCAACGCAUCUUGGACCCAAUGGUCAGGGCAUAAGGCAUUGGUGUGAAAUUAGCGACAAACUCGAUGGCUACGGCUGGACACACCAUGAUGGCCGCAGUUUUGGCGUGCAGCAGAUACAGGACAUGCCCUUCGAGCUAAAAACAUCGUUUGUUAAAUUUACGGGAGAUAAGCAAUAUGGUGGAGAUUGGACAGCACGCGUUUCUGUUCGGAAUACAUCGCGAGCCUGGCAUCGUAGCAUAUCGUUGAUCUGGUAUGUGGCAUUGGAUGAGCGCACCCAAGGACACAUUAAGUAUGUAUCGGACGAGAAGAGCACUGAACCGGGAGUUUAUGGACAGACGCAGGGCUUGGGCGAAUUCCAGCUGCGUUUUCAUGCCAUCAAAGGACGCGUGCUGCACAAAUCCUAUCUCAGCACAGUGGCGCCCAGUCUUGCCAAGCUCAAGGAGACGGUCUUUGCGCAUUUCCGCGCCUUUACCAACAAGCUAGGACAUCGUUUCAUUGGCCUGCCGGGUGAAAUAGUCUCGCAGAAUGGUUUGCCCGCCGCCCAAGUGGAGCCCAACUUUAUAGCCAUACAAUUUACGGCCGAUGUGGACUUUACCUUGGACAUAAGCUAUCAAUCAACAUCGGGCUUUGCUCUGGGCACCAACAUACCCAAGCCCCCUGUGGGUCGCGCCUAUACGGAUGCACUGCAGCAGAAAGUGCAGGAGUUUGAGACACGCUUCGAGCGUGUCUUUCAACUGGCCGCACAGGGUUAUCCACGCGAGCAGGUGCACUUUGCACGCAAUGCUUUGAGCAAUAUGUUGGGUGGCAUUGGGUACUUCUAUGGCGCCAGUCGUGUGCAAUCGGUGUACACACAGAAUCCAGUGCCGUACUGGAAGGCACCGCUCUAUGCCAGCGUGCCCUCGCGCAGCUUCUUUCCACGCGGCUUUCUGUGGGACGAGGGCUUCCAUGGCCUGCUGCUGAGCGCCUGGGAUGUAGACAUUGAGCUGGACAUCAUAUGCCAUUGGUUUGAUCUCUUGAAUGUGGAGGGCUGGAUACCCAGAGAGCAAAUCUUGGGUGUCGAGGCGCUGGCCAAGGUGCCCGAGGAGUUUGUCACCCAGCGCAAUAGCAAUGCCAAUCCGCCAACGUUCUUCCUCACACUACGCAAGCUGCUCACGGUGCACAAGCAGCAGUUGGGUCAGCAGUCCAGACUGGAGACUCUGGAGCGACUCUAUCCACGUUUGCAGGUCUGGUUUGCUUGGUAUAACACCACGCAGCGUGGUGAAGUACUAGGUACAUAUCUCUGGCGUGGACGCAAUGCGACUACACAACGUGAACUGAACCCAAAGAGUUUGUCCUCUGGUCUGGAUGAUUAUCCACGUGCCUCUCAUCCCAGCGAUCGAGAGCGUCACCUGGAUCUGCGCUGCUGGAUUGCCUUGGCGGCAAGUGUUAUGGCUGAGCUGUCUACGCUGCUGGGCAAGGACGAUGUCAAGUACUACGAGACGGCUUCCUAUCUAACCGACAAUGCGCAGCUGAACAAGCUGCAUUUGGAUCCAUAUACACAGCGUUAUGCCGAUUGGGGUUUGCAUACGGAUGGAGUGCAGCUGAAGCGGCCGCCGUCCUUGAACUCGCCACGUGCGCCAGUGCAGCAGGAGUUGCAACGCUUUACGCUGCAGGAGCCAGAAUAUAAGUUUGUGGACAGCAUGUUUGGCUAUGUGAGUCUAUUUCCAAUGCUGCUGGAGCAGCUCGACUAUGAUUCACCGUAUUUGGGCAAGCUCUUAAAGGAUUUGCACGAUCCGCAGCUGCUGUGGAGCAACUAUGGUCUGCGUUCGCUCUCCAAGGAUGCACCGCUGUAUAUGGCACGCAAUACGGAGCAUGAUCCGCCGUAUUGGCGUGGACCCAUCUGGAUUAACAUCAAUUACUUGGCCGUCAAGGCUUUGCGGCAUUAUGGCAACAUUGCUGGUCCACAUGCCGCCUUGGCGCGUCAAAUCUACGGCGAACUACGCGAGAAUCUAGUGACCAACAUAUUCCGUCAAUAUCAACGCACGGGCUUCAUCUGGGAGCAAUAUGACGAUACCACAGGCGAGGGCAAGGGCUGCAAUCCUUUUACUGGCUGGAGUGCUCUUGUAGUCCUUCUCAUGGCGGAGCAGUACUAAUCCUUUCCUGUGAUAAGAGCGCUCGCCACAAGCAACCCUUUCCAAAGUUUGUUCUCUAGCCUAUAUAUAUAGAUAUAUAUAUAUAUUUACGUGUAUCUCAGUGUCAAUGUUCCGUAGCGUUUCCUACUUUGUAAGCUGUACAAAAAAAAGCAUUAAUUAACAAUUUCCAAACUGAGGAUUUACUUAAAGUAGUGUUAAAUAGACGAAUUUAAAUUUAAUU